AUGUGCUGUAAUCUACUCCCAUUGCAGAAGUUCAAGUUCUGCUCGGACGGCGACUGCCCGCUGUGGGCGCUGGCCGCGCUGCACGCCGCCAGCGCGCUGCCGGCGGCGCUAUUCCACGCGCUGCUGGCUGCCGCCAUGGAGGGACAGAAUGAUGAUGCCAUUAUGGAGAUCCUGAAAGACACCAGCUUAUCGUCCCGCGACGAAUCAGCGCGAGCAGCCGCGGUCCUUCGGUGGACCGUCCAGCAAGCCUGGUCCUCCUCCUGCCGGGGGGCCCAAGCGACCAAGGAUCUGCUGGUGCUGGGUGUCCCCCGCGCCCACGCCACGGCUCUGGGUGAGGCGGUGGAUAGCGGCCGCGCGGAGUAUGAGAGGAAGUGUGCGGAGGAUGGGUUUAUGGUAAAUCGAGUGACCGACGUAACCGCCACACCCGGCCCUGAGGGUUCAGCCGACACCAUCAAGCUGACUCUCUUCACAGACGAUGUGUUCACCGGGGAGCAGGCUAAGAACGAACUGCUCAUAGACAGAUCUCAGGCCAAGGUGCUGCUGGCAGAGUUGAAGACCGCGCACAAGAAAAUGGAGGAGUUGGAAGAGUGA